GAGAAAGCGCUGACGGGAUUCCACCUGUUUGUCCACAUCUGUCAUCUCAUCGGGAUCAGUGAUUCCAGUGUGGAGCUGGGAGGAUCGUUAGAUCAACAGGAAGUGGUGGCUGUGUUAUCUCCCCUGUUGAGAAGUUUACUGAAGCAUGACAUUUACAGUCAACCCCAGGAUGCCUCAGAUGGCAACAUCCAAUACAAGUUCUACGGCCAUAUUCUGAUUCAUGUUUUACAAAGCAAACAGUCUUCAUUGUUUUAUGCCUGUUUGGAGAGCUUAUUUGGGAAAUUUAAAUCAUGCUAUUCUAGAGACUAAGAUGUCAGAAGUAUUUAUAACAGGCUGGUUUGAGGUGCUGAAUAGGGACUUACUGACUUCCUUGGAUAGCUUUCUAGCCAAAUUACUUCAGACUUACUCCAAACUGAGGCAGGUUCCUAAGCUGCUGAGUUUAUUGUUGACUGCUGUCAGAGGGGCGGGGUUUUCUCAGGAUCCAGUGUUCUCCAGGGGACUGCUCUACGGAGAGGUUGUGGAGCAGUUACCCCAAGCUGUUAUCACAGAAGUUUGGGGACUCCUUCUGAAAGAAAUUUCUGAAUUGCUGCUUGGUCUGCAGACAGAAG